UCUUUCUUUCUGUAAUUAAUUAAUUGAUUAAUUAAUUACCUUUUUGUUGAUUAAUUUCUUGUUUUGAUUGGAGUUUGUCAAUGGCUCAUUUGGGUGAAAGACGAGGCUCGGGCCGCUCCAGAUCCAGGAGUGCUGCUGUCUCUCAGACGGAUGAUCAGGAGCUUGAGAGACGUGGCUCUGGUGACGGCGCUCAGGAACCGCUGCCAAACCCAAACCAGCCGCUGAGCCAAGAGCUGCCUGGAUACAUCGCACCUCUGCCUUCAGAGUUGGCCGUUUCUGUGUCCACAGAUCAGCCUCACAGGAAGAGGAAGUGGCAGAGCGGCAGCCAGGAGGAUGAGCAUCCGUCUCCUUCAUACAGAAGAGCUGCCAAACGCUCCCGCAGAGAAGCGUAUGUGAAGGGCCCAUUGCUGGGGCGAGGAGGAUUCGGCUCUGUGUAUGCUGGGACCCGCAGGUCUGAUGGACUGCCAGUUGCCAUCAAGUACGUCUCUAAACGAGGAACACAGAGACUGAGAGUUGAAGGUCAGGGUCGGCUGCUGCUGGAGGUGGCGUUGAUGACCCUGGUCAAUUCGGCUCCUGCCUGCCCCAACGUCCUGCAGCUGCUGGAGUGGUUUGACCGUCCCAGAUGCUACUGUCAGGGUUUUGGGCAGAAUCAUGACAGCUACACCAUGAUCCUGGAGCGCCCGCUUCCUUGCCAAGAUCUGGAGAGUUUCUGUGAGGAGAACGGACGCCUGGAGGAGAGUCUGGCCAAGAAAGUGCUGCUGCAGCUGAUCACGGCGCUGAAACACUGCGAGAGCCGUGGAGUCCUGCACCGGGACGUCAAACCAGAGAACCUGCUGAUCUCCACAGACUCACAUGACAUCAAGCUGCUGGACUUCGGCUGUGGAGAUCUGCUGAAAGACUCGGCCUACAAACACUUUGCAGGCACUCUUCAGUACGCCCCUCCUGAGUGGUUUCGGCAUCACCGUUAUCAUGCGGGACCGGCUACGGUUUGGUCAGUGGGGGUGACGCUCUACAACAUCCUGUGCAGCUGUUUCCCCUUCAGAGGCGCAUUGAGGGUCACCUCCAAAAGCAGACUGCUCUUUCCUAGAGAGCUGUCGACAGAGUGCCGUCAGCUGAUUCGCUGGUGCCUCAGUGCAGCGGCAUCAGAUCGGCCCAGUUUAGACGACAUUGAGCGCCACCCCUGGUUACACUGAGCAGGUGGCCAGUGACACACACUUAUCUGACUCACAGCAGUCAUGGCUGGAUUGUCUUGUUAGGAUCAGACUAGAUAAAUGCUUCUGAUUGUUUGUAUAGGGUGAGCAGGAGUGACACAGGAAGUGCAGAGAACAGCUUCCUGAUCACCUACAGAAAGAGCAGAGGAUCAUGGACUAAUGGCCGCCACACAAUGAAGGGUUUUGAUCCUCUGCUCCAGUCUGUGAGGGGCUCUGUGUGGAUGCUGGAGGAGUCUGAACACACAGCAGCUGAAACCUCAGCCCGACGGGCCACAGAUCAAUAUGUGUAGUUUCUCCACAAAUACAGUCGAGAGAAGGGAGAAAAGUGUCAAGAAGCAGAACAGGAUCAGAAAGAGUCUGGGGCAGAGUGUUAACUAGCAUAAUGUAUUCAUGGAAAAAAGUCCACUUGGUGUUAGACAGAAUUUAAGUCACCAAAAAAUUAAGUAGUAAUUCAAGUAGUCCCCACAAUGUUUACGAAACAGAAAUGUUGAAAUUUUACACAUUCAAAAGCAAUGAAUAUAAUUAAAUCAAAUUGUGACAAAAUGUUAAAGAAUGACUUUGCUUUGGCUCAUUUUAACAAAGUAACAUAAACAAGCAGGAAGCUUACUCCAUUAGGCCCUAGUCUCUGCUUUUUAUUAUUU